UGCAAGAAACUACGUACAUCAUGGUCUCGAGAACUUCCUCCGUAUAAAGGUCCAAUCGUAGCGCUGAUAUAUGUUUAUUUUCGCCUUUUACGACGUGCAUCAACAGGAGCACCAUGCAAACAGGGAAUGGCGUCGUACUGCUCUUGGUUAUUUUAUCUUAUUUGACAGGAUUUGGCCAGUCAAUAUUCAUAAAGGAAAAUGAUUUCAAAGUGUUCUUAAACACAACGCAACCCAUAUGGACCUUCAACACGACAAACAAAUACAACAAGAAUUACUGCAUUGUGGACGUUACAAAAAAACUGCUGGGAGAAACUGUCAUGUAUACUCACUCCUUCUAUGUCGACCCCACGAGAAAACAGAGGGUUUCUGUUCAUAUGGAAGGUGCCUUGAAAUAUAGCAAUAAAAUGGUUGCCACGCAAAAAGGUUCGAAAGUGACUUUUAAGCACAAGCUCGUGUAUCUUGACUUCGACAACAUGUGCGCUGUGGUGAAAGUUACUCCAAAGCUUCCUAUCCCUGGGCAGCCUUGGCAUGACCUGCGAAUGUGGAAUUCCUCGCUUGUGAGACAUCGCCACCCUUCGAUAACCUGUUUACACUAUUUCAAUCUUGAAGCAAAGCAUGGACGCCUAACUUAUAAGCCUAUAUGCCAAAAACUCCUUUAUCAAGUGAAUCCGUAUCAAAAGAAAAUUCUUCAAGGGCAGAAGACGCCGCAGACAUACAGGAGCACGAGCGUGUGAACUGUCGAGCAUACUUCGGAAGUAUGUAGCACAUCAAAGCUUUCUCUAGUGGUUCACGAGAACCACUGGAGGCAGAGAUGAAUAACUUGUCUAGCCUGUGCUAUAAAUUUCCAUGGGUAAAAUGAACAAAUCGUUGUCUGAUUUCAUAUGUGUGGUAUAAUGCGCGCAGCGCUUACAUAGAUUGCCACAGCUUUCAAGCAGCAACACAACGUGCAACAUAAAUAUGCUGAACCUUACAGAUACGCAACCAAUAAGUUUUAAAUAAUGUAAAAAUCCACAGACAAUGAAA